CAGUUCAGUGACGAAGAUACUUAGCCAAACCGUAAGAUCCAGAACGAACGGUCCCGCGACCUUCUUCCCGCGAAACAAAAACGAAGGCAACUAACAUCGAGCGCACCUAAAUCUUCUCUUCGUCGUCGUCCCCGUUUCAGAUCUCACCAGGCCCGUCCGGCGCGGCCUCCCACUUCCGAUCCCCGCGAAAGCGCACGCCAGAACCCUAACCCCUAGUCUCGCCGUCGCCUCCCUGCCGCGCCUGAGGAGGAGCAGGUCGGAGGCGGGAGGCGGAGAUGGCCUUUAUGGCGGCGCUGGAGGCCGAUCUACGCGCGCUCUCCGCCGAGGCGCGCCGCCGCCACCCCGCUGUCAAGGACGCCGCUGAGCACGCUAUACUUAAGCUCCGAUCUCUGUCUGGCCCAAGUGAAAUAGCCCAGAAUGAAGAUAUACUGCGGAUGUUUCUGAUGGCAUGCAGUGUUAAAUCAGUGAAGUUGAGUGUAAUAGGACUAUCCUGUUUGCAAAAGCUUAUAUCACACGAUGCUGUUGCAUCAUCUGCAUUGAAGGAGAUACUAGCGACUUUGAAGGAUCAUGCAGAGAUGACAGAUGAGAUUGUUCAACUAAAGACUUUGCAAACAAUGUUGAUUCUCUUUCAAUCUCAUCUACAUCCUGAAAGUGAGGAGAGCAUGUCUCAAGCUCUUGGAAUAUGCCUUUACCUCCUUGAAAGCAGUCGAUCUUCUGACAGUGUCCGCAAUACGGCAGCAGCUACAUUUAGACAAGCAGUGGCAUUGGUCUUUGAUAAUGUUAUUCGUGCUGAAUCACUUCCCUCCGGUAAAGCUUCUUCAGCAAGACUCAGUUCCCGUGUUACCUCUGUUGCUGAUAAUGUCACUCAUAGCUUCAGUCACACACUGUCACUAGCAAGCAACUCAGGAGAGCCUGCUAUUAGGGAGAAUCUGAGUGAUGUUGGGAAGCUUGGACUUCGUCUGCUUGAAGACUUGACAGCUCUUGCUGCAGGUGGAUCUGCUACAUGGCUUCGUGUUCAUUCGCUGCAUAGGACAUUUUCCCUUGACAUACUUGAGUUUGUGCUAUCCACAUAUGUUGCUAUUUUCCGGGCAUUGUUAUCUUACCAGCAGGUCUUGCGUCAUCAAAUUUGCUCACUUCUCAUGACUUCACUCCGCACUAAUGUGGAGCUCGAGGGGGAAGCAGGGGAGCCUUCUUUCCGUCGUUUAGUCCUACGUCUGGUUUCUCAUGUCAUCAGGCUCUACAGCUCUUCACUUGUUACUGAAAGUGAGGUGUUCCUUAAUAUGCUUGUAAAAGUUACUCGUCAGGACUUACCAUUAUGGCAUCAGAUACUUGUUCUUGAAAUUUUAAGGGGUUUUUGUGUAGAAGCCUGCACUCUGCGCUUGCUGUUCCAGACGUUUGACAUGAAUCCUGUGAAUACUAAUGUCGUGGAGAACAUAGUUAGAGCACUUGCUUUGGUGGUAGCUACUAUUCAGGCUUCAGAUUCAAGCGAAGAGACUCUAGCUGCUGUUGCUGGAAUGUUCAGUAGUAAAGCUAAAGGGAUUGAGUGGAGUAUGGAUAAUGAUGCUUCAAAUGCUGCUGUUUUGGUUGCUAGUGAAGCACAUACCAUCACUCUCGCCCUUGAAGGCCUCUUAGGUGUAGUUUUCACUAUUGCAACUUUGACUGAUGAAGCUCUAGAUGUUGGUGAGCUUGAAUCACCAAAAUGUGAAUCAAAUAGUGUGGAAUGUAGUGGACAGUUGGCCCUUCUUUGUAUGGCCAUGGUCAAUUCAACGUGGUUAACCAUCCUUGACUCUCUGUCACUUAUUUUGAUGAGGUCACAAGGGGAAGCUAUAAUAUUAGAGAUAUUGAAAGGAUACCAGGCAUUUACUCAGGCUUGCGGAGUUCUCCGUGCUAUAGAGCCCUUGAACUCUUUUCUAGCAUCACUUUGCAAGUUUACAAUCAAUACUCCAAAUGAAGGAGAGAAGAAAAGCAUCUUGCAGUCUCCUGGAUCAAAGAAGUCAGAAACUUCCAUGGAUCAGCGUGAUAGUAUUAUUCUCACACCAAAAAAUGUGCAGGCACUAAGGACACUUUUUAAUGUUGCACAUCGAUUACACAAUGUCCUUGGUCCUUCCUGGGUUCUGGUAUUGGAGACUCUUUCAGCACUUGAUAGAGCUAUUCAUUCUCCACAUGCUUCCACUCAGGAAGUAUCAGCUUCUGUUUCAAGACUUUCAAGAGACACAUCUGGACAGUAUAGUGACUUCCAUAUUCUCUCUUCUUUAAAUUCUCAGCUGUUUGAAAGUUCAGCCUUGAUGAACAUAGCUGCAGUGAAGUCACUUCUGUCUGCACUGCACCAAUUGUCAAGUCAGCACAUAUCUGGAAGUUCUCAAUUGUCAGGCCAGCAGAUCGGGAGCAUUUCAUUUUCAGUGGAGCGCAUGGCAUCGAUUCUUGUUAACAAUCUGCAUAGAGUUGAGCCGAUAUGGGAUCAAAUUGCUGCUCAUCAUCUUGAGCUUGCCAAUUGCUCCAACCCACAAUUACGAAGUAUGGCUCUGGAUUCAUUGGAUCAAUCAAUUUGUUCAGUAGUGGGUUCUGAAAAAUUUCAAGGCAUCAGUUCAGCACCUCAUCAGUUUCAAGAAAGCCAAAUGGUCAAUGAAAGUGAAACUGUAUCAUUUGAGUAUGCAGUUUUAUCUCCAUUGGUGAUCCUCUAUUCCUCCAACAAGAAUGUUGAUGUUCAAAUGGGUGCACUAAAGAUUCUUUUGCAUGUUCUUGAGAGACAUGGAGAAAAGUUGUCAUAUAGCUGGCCCAGCAUUCUUCAUAUGUUAAGGAUGGUUACCAAUGCAUCAGAAAAAGAUCUCAUCUCCUUAGGCUUUCAGAGCAUACGUGUAAUAAUGAAUGAAGGACUGGCAACUAUACCUGUGGAAUGCCUUGAUGAAUGCAUUUUGGUAACUGGAGCAUAUGGUACCCAGAAAACUGAAAUAAACAUAAGUUUAACAGCAGUUGGCCUUUUGUGGACUGCUACUGAUUUUGUUGUGAAGGGAUUAAUCAGCAAGUCUGUUGAGCAAGCUAAUCACAUGAAUGAAGAGGCUCAGUUGGGUGCCACAUUUAAAGAGACAAACAUCAAGCAAGUUUCCCCGAAACAAGUUGUUGAUUAUAAUAAACUUUUCUUUUCAGUUUUUUCUGUCCUCCAGAAAUUGGGUUCAGAUGAUCGUCCUGAGGUUCGGAACUCGGCUGUUAGGACUCUCUUUCAGACUCUCAGCACUCAUGGCCAAAAGCUUUCUAAAAGUAUGUGGGAGGAUUGUCUGUGGUUAUAUGUUUUCCCUAUGUUAGAGCAUGUUUCCCACUUGGCAUCUACCUCAUCUCGAGAUGAGUGGCAAGGGAAGGAGCUAGGAACUCGGGCAGGCAAAGCUGUUCAUAUGCUUAUCCAUCACAGUCGAAAUACAGCACAAAAGCAAUGGGAUGAAACUAUUGUCCUUGUACUAGGUGGUAUAGCACGGCUUUUGCGUUCUUUUUUCCCUUUCCUCCAACAAUUGAGCAAAUUUUCAUCUGGUUGGGUACUUUUACUUGAUUUCAUAAAAAAUAGCAUCUUACAUGGUAGCAAGGAGGUUGCUCUUGCUGCCAUAAAUUGCUUGCAGACAUUUGUUGGCGCAAAUUGUCCAAAGGGAAAUCUGGAAUCUUCAUAUGUCAAAUCUGUUCUUGAUAUUUAUGAACUUGUUCUUCAAACUUCACCCAAUUUUAAGAAUGACUCAACUGACAAAGUGAAGCAAGAGGUCCUCCGUGGUCUUGGUGAUCUUUACGUUCAAGCACAAUCUCUGUUUAAUGAUGAGAUGUAUCUAAGGCUCAUGGCAAUUAUGCAUCUGAUGAUUAAGGCUACCAUGACUCCUACUGAUUAUGAUAGUGAACUGGGUAGUAUCCCUGCUGUACAACGAGGUAUAUUGGAAAUCAUUCCUAUGCUACGCCCGACGGCUAUAUUGUCCUCCAUGUGGACGCCUCUCCUCCUUGAGCUGUUAUGCUAUCUUAAUGGUCAAGAAGGGCCCCUCCAGAAAAAUAAUAGACAAAUACAUGAUCAGAAUUCCGGUGUGCCGGUAGACGGUGCAAAGCGUACCCUUGUUGAACGAAGUAGGCUCAAUGGCAGCGGUACAAAACUGGAUAGUGCAGUGAGCUGUGGUUGGGGUAUUCUGUUUGUAGAAAAGCUUGUGCCGAUUAUUGUCAAUCUUUUUCUGGAGGCUCCACCAAGUGAAAGGUUUAGUGCCUCUCCAGAAGUCAUUCAUGGUCUUGGGAGGUGCAUGAAUACAAGGAGAGACAACCCAAGGGGUACCCUUUGGAGAAUAUCUGCUGAAUGCUUCAAUCGUGUUGUGACCGGUGAGGUGAGGCAGGACAAUGCCGAUUGCAAAAGUGAUGUGAAUUCAUAUAGACUUUCUAGAGCUCGUUUCUGGAAGGAGGUUGCGGACGUGUAUGAAACCUUUCUUGUUGGUUCUUGUGGGCGCGUGUUGUCAUCAGAUGUUCCUUCAGCUGACUCUAAUACAGCUGAUGAGACCCUUGAGAUGAGUGUCCUCACUGUAUUUGGAGAUGAUAUUCUGAAAUUGCAAAAGGAUGCUCCAGUUGAGGUUUUGCAAAGGCUUGUUAACUGUCUUGAUCGCUGUGCCUCACGAACAGGAUCCCUGCCUGUUCAAACUGUUGGUCUUUUACCUUUGCACUGCAGCCGAUUUUCGCUGAGCUGUUUACAGAUGAUGUUUUCUUUAUGCAGCUGUAUAGCAAAGGCAAGCUCAUGUGCUGCAGCAUCAGAAGCCAGCAAAGUUUCGAUUCCAAUUCUUAUGAAGCGGUGUGAGGUUAUAUUGGGCCAAUUUUUAGCCGAUGAAAAUGACCUAGGAGAACAUCCUUUGCCUAGUGUGAGGGUUAAAGAAACGAUUUGUGUUCUUCAAGAGCUUGCUAGACUAAUCAUAGACAUUAAUACAGCUAAUGCUCUCAACAUACCUACAUAUCUGAAAGAAGCUUUGGGGAAAAAGAAAUCCCAUCGUCGGGCUCAUUUAUUGUCUUUGCUUCCCACUUUCUCUGAGCUAGUGGUCUCAAGAGAAGCUAGGGUGCGGGAGCUUGUACAAGUGCUGCUCAGGCUCAUUUCCUCGGAGCUUGGACUACAACGUCUGACAUAACAACUAAAGGCGAAGUUCUGUUUUCUUUUCUUUUUUUUGUUGGAUGAGAAAUCAUAUAGUUUUGUCAGUGUUUUUUUUCUCUUGCAAAUUCGAUUUUGUAUAUCCAUCAUGACAGGCAGCUUAGGUGCUUGUCACGUGUAUCUAGGAGCAGAGUUUGUAUAUGUAACAUUUUGAUGGGAAAAUAUGGUGGCUGUUUCUGUAGUAUAUAGCCCAUUCUUUUGACGUUUUUGACGUAAGGAAUACCCCUUCAGCCACUCAUGUAAGUUAUGCCACUCCCAUGUACCUUUUGACAUGAAUAUAGGUUGUGGACUCUGGAGUUGUCUUGAAGAACAGAACGCUUGCCCACGCGAACAACCUUGCAAGUAAUAUUAAGCUGCGUUGUUUAAA